AUGCCCGUCGACUACAGCAAAUGGGACGCGCUGGAGCUCAGCGACGACUCGGACAUUGAAGUGCACCCCAACGUCGACAAGCGGUCCUUCAUCCGCGCCAAGCAGAACCAGAUCCACCAGGAGCGGCAGCAGCGCAAGCACCAGAUCGAGACGCUCAAGUAUGAGCGCGUCAUCAACGAGGGGCUGAUGCGGCGCAUCUCGGCCCUGCUGUCGGCGCUCAAGGCGCACGCCGCCGUGGCCGAGACGCGCAACCCGGGCGAGGUGGCGUUCCAGGCCGUCCUGGAGUCGGCGGGGCGGCCCGAGGACGACCAGCCGCCGCCGCGGCCCGCCGGCGUGCACACCGAGUCGGAGCCGCUGCCGUCGUACUCCAAGAUGAUGGCGACGCUGCUCGACCAGCCGUCGCCGGCGGCGCAGCUGUUUGCGCAGAUCCGCGCCAACGACUACGCGGCCAGCCUGUCGUUCCUGUCGAAGCACCCGGAGAUCCUGACGGAGCGGGAGACGGACGGCCUGCUCGUCAUGGCCUUUGACGCGGCGCUCGAGCGCAAGGACGACUGGAGCCGGCAGUGCGUGCACCAGGCGCUGCUGCUGCAGUACUGCCGGGCGCUCGGCAAGGACGGCGUCGCCAUGUUCUUCAAGCGCAUCACGACAAAGGGCCACCAGGCGCAGGAGGUCUUCUACAAGGACGUCACCGACACGUACGCGCGCAUCCGCACGCGGGCGCGCGAGAUUGUGGCCGAGCGGGCCAAGGAGCCGGCCGAGGGCGUCGAGCAGAUCCAGCUGCACGCCGUCGAGCCAGGCACGGAGAUCAAGAUUCGCAUCCCGCCGGCCGACAGUGAGGAGGUCGAGGUCAAGGAGGCGUGCCUGAUCUUUGAGAGCUUCAGCGACGAGUUCCGCAAGGCCCUCGAGACGGGCAGCCUCGACAAGGUGAACCACGUGCUGGGGAACAUGACGGUGGAAGCGGCCGAGGACGUCGUGGCCAAGCUCGGCGAUGCCGGCAUCCUCAGUCUCGAGGAGCGGAUUAUCGAUGCUACGACAGAGGAAGGCCGCAAGGCACUGAAGGAGAUGGAAGCGGCACAGACGGGCACGGGUGCAGGCUCCGAGUCAGGCUACGCCCCGGAUCCGGAAUAA